GUGAUGGCGAGGCCUCGGCCCUUAUCUCGCAUUCCUGGGGCCGGGGUGCCUAAUUAUGGGCAUCUGGUGGUGGCAGGCAGCCGGCCCCCUCCCCAGUGCCGGGGCCCUGGGGGGCGCGGGCAGCAGGAGCCACGGCCUCGCUUGCCUCAGCACCCAUGUACCGUGCCUACGGCCAGGGGCAUGGUGAGCCCCACUUCGAGGGGGACCGGCGGCACGGACCCUUCGGGGCACGGGCACACGAGGUCUUCGGGUACCCAGGGUCCCCAGGAGCCAUGUGUCCCUGCAGCCUGGGCACCUGGGUGCGUGCCCAGGGUGACACCUACCAGGUGGUGGCCGACGUCAGCCAGUUCAAGCCCCCUGACAUCGUGGUGACCAUCUCCAACUGCCACGUUGCCAUCCAGGCUGAGAAGGUGGCUGAGGAUGGCACUGUCUGCGACACCUUCACCCACAAGUGCCAGCUGCCUGAGGACACGGACCCGCUGUCAGUGAGCUGCACCCUCACUGAGGCUGGCACGCUGGUCAUCACUGCCCAGCGCCAUACCAGCACCCGCCCCGGUGAGCCCCCGCAGCUGCUGUACCGCAGCGAGGCCACGCUGUAA